CACUGCUCACUCCUACCUCCGGGUGGGAGCGCUCCGUCGGUCGGCAGACGGCCCGGAGGUCGAGGCAGGGCGAGAGGCCAUGCUGCAGCCAGGCGGGCAGUAGAGGCACGGCCAACCCAGCCCCUCAGCAGGGUGGUCAGGCUCAGGGAGCCAUGGAGAACUUCACGGAGUCACUGAACAAGCUAAAGGAGGUCCACGAGAAGGAGGUCCUGGGCCUGCAGAACAAGCUUCUGGAACUGAACUCGGAGCGGUGCCGGGAUGCCCAGCGGGUGGAGGAGCUCUUUGCCAAGAACCAACAGCUGAGGGAGCAGCAGAAAGCGCUGAAGGAGAACCUUCGAGUGCUGGAGAACAGACUGCGGGCUGGCCUCUGUGACCGCUGCAUGGUCACCCAGGAAGUGGCCAGGAAGAGGCAGCUGGAGUUCGAGAGUUCCCACCUGCAAAGCCUGCAGCGCAUCUGUGUCCUCACCAACGAGCUAACCAGGCUAAAGGAGGAGAAUAAGGCGUUGAAGGAUGAAGUGAAGCAGCUACGCAGCCUGGAGGAGCGGCCCCCACCUCUGGCCAGGGAGGGUACCGUGGACUCUCCAUCGCCUCUGUUGUUCUCCUCCCCCGGUGGCCGGAAGGCUGGCACUGAGAAGACACAGGGAGGCCGAGAAGAGGUUGAAGAAGACCAGCCAGGCGCAGGUCCUGCCGGAGAAGAGAAGUCGGUGGGCUGCAGGACAUCUCCAGCGUCCAAAGUCUCCCCAGGCAGCCACCUUCCUGAGCCACGGGCCCCAGGCAUGAGUCCCCAGUGCAUCUCCAACCAGCUGCAUGCCACAGUGGCACUGGUGCGGCCUGGGUCGCGGGCCUGCCCGGCAGACCAUGGCCCCAGCGAUGGGACAUCCCCACCCCCCAGCAGCAGCAGCCCAUCCAGUCCAGGCUUCGAGCACAGCCUCCCUCUGGACAGCCUCCUGCGGGCUUCCGGGUCCUCCGUCCCGGCCUACGAGCCCUUGACGCGCCCCCUCCAGGCCGACCGCUUCUGUGUCCUGAACCGGCCCCUGUCGCUGCAGCUGCGGAGCCCGCACAACGGCCCCCAGCCCUGGGUGCUGAAGGCAGGGGAGGCCUGGGAGGAGCCCGCCGGCCUGCUGGGGCUGCCCGGCGCGCUGCUGGGCAUGCAGGACCCGCGGCUGGAGGGGGCGCUACACCUGCUGCUGGCGCAGAGGCAGCUGUGUGCGCGGGCGCAGGCGAGCGGCCACAGCCUGAGGGGCCCGCCCCCGCUGCGGGGGACCCCGCCCUCCCUGCCCCGCGGCGGCUGGGACUCGGAGAGUCCGGAGCACGAGGUCCCCGGGCCAGCCCUGGCCACAGCGGCCCUGCCUGGUGGGCGGCACCCAUGGCCCUGCAGCUCCCCGCGCAGGGAGGCAGCAGCCACUCAGGACUACGCCCCAGACAAGCCCCUGGAUCUCUCGGACCCAGGCCGGAGCAAGGACGCUCCCAAGUCGGCCGGCCAAACCGGGUCGCUCAGCCCCAAACUCACGCACCCUUGCAGCCCCGAGCCACUGACUGGGUCCGGACCCCUACCACACAGCCCGCCGACACUCAGCAAUGGCACCGAGGGAGCCACAGAGCCGGAGACAGAGGGGCCUCCCACUCCCGUGGAGCCCUUCCAGCCACUCCUAGAGACCCGCCUCGCCCUGCUCACUUCUGCUGGGACAAGAUGCGAAGCCAGAGGAAGGUCAAGGCCAGCGCCCCCCCAACAGAGCCCGCAGCCUGCCACGCCCCCAGAGCCCAGACAGGCUGGAGUGCAAAGGCUGGAGUCAGAGGAACUGGAUGAGUCCGACAUCUCCGACAGUGAGGUGAGCCCACACUCCAAGACAGGGGCCAAGCUGAGCACACCAGGGGAGGAACACAGGUGCUUCUGCCCCCGGGACCCCCAGCAAGGUCAGCAGCAGAAGAGGAAGCAGGCCUUGGACACUACAAGCAAAGCCUCCAAGAAGCCAUGCCGAGGGAGAAGGAGAGCAAGGGAGCUCGUGCUAACAGCUGAGGGGCCCAGCAGCCCAAGGGAUGCCAAAGACUGCAGUCCUUCAUCUGGCAACAGUGAUCCUGAGGAGACCUAGCCAGCCUAGGUGACUUUCCACCCACCAGUAGACCACCAUGCCACAGCAGGUGGCCCUGCAUUCUGGCCCAAAUCCAGAGGGGUCCUGGAAGUGCCACCAUCUCAGAGAAACCCUGCCAGCCCUGCCCCCACACUCAGAACAGCACCUGCUCCCUGGGGAAGAAGAGAGGGGUGGAAGGCAGGGGCUGCCUGGGCCAGGCCAGUGCACCCUGCUGUCUUUCCUGGAUGAAAUUCACCCUCCCAGACUUGGAGCUGAGCAGGGUUGACCCUUUCCCCAGGGUUGUGGCUACUGGGAGCAGUCUCAGGCGCCCCCUUGUGGCAUCCAGGCAAGGAAGCCUCUAGCAGCGCUGGUGGAGGGAUGCCAGGUGGCCUCCCAAACAAGGUGUGCUCCUAAAUCUACUGCCUAGAAAGCUUUGAGAAUAAAACCAAAGGAAGAUGAUGUCUGCCCCUGACAGUGCCAAGCCACCUCUACCAUCCCAGCAUGUGACUCAGGAGGAUCCCAACCACCUGGGGCCUGGAGGGCAAAAACCCAGACCUUCUGGAUUUGCAGAGCAUGGAGGGGAGCCGGUGACAAGGCCCUAGAGGACAGAACAGCACAUGCAUCUGCCUGAAAGAUUGCCCUUCUCACCCACAAGCCCAAGCCCUGGCUGUGCCAGCCAGCGGGGCAGCCCCAAGGCAGCUCACCUGGGGUCCUACCAGUAGCACCCAGGGGUGCCCUGCUACUUGAGGAGACAUCUUAGUGACUCUGCACUCUUCCAGGGGAGCUUACAGGUCAGAGGUCUGGGCCCCAUUGGACCCACUGAACCAGGAUGUGCAGGUGUUCGCAGUGGUACCCCCAGGUGAUUCUCCUACAUGUAAAGCUGAAAGCUGCCCCUUCCCAGGCAGAGAGAGGCACUGAGACCUUAGAGUGACUCCAAGGCUUGUGAACAAGCAGAAGGGUCAGUGUUCCACAGGAGGGGACGCUUGGGAGAACUGGCCCCAGGGAGGUCAAGGAAGAUGGCACCAGAAAUUCAAACUUGGCUUUUAAGACAUGAUAGGAGUGUGUCAAGCAGGCAAAAAGUAAAUAUAGUCCAGAAGGUUUGCUAAAAUCAGAACUCUGGCAGAAAAAGUGGGGAAUCCCCAUGCUCUUUGGCUGGAGAGGGGGGAGCAGCAGCGAGCCCUCCUCUCUAGAUAGUGUAGCAGCUUAGCAAGACCCAGUCUCAGAAAAUAGAAGGGCUGAGGACGCAUCUCAGUGCGGAGGGCUCAACCCUGGCACCACAGGCAGAAACAGGCCACGUGGAGGGCGCCCGGGAUGCUGGGGGAGGCUGGGGAAGGAAAUAAGCAGGAGCCACACUGCCUGCCCUUCAGCAUCCAGAGUGCUGCACUCCACAGUGAGAUUAAAGAAAGCUGAGGACUGCAAUGGUGGUGGGCUACUGGGCAGGCUGAGGCCGGAGGCCCAGCAGGAGUCUGAAGGACACCACAGGGUCAGCAGGGGCCUGAACCUCACAUGCCAGUGGGAUGGCAGGACAUGGGGCAUGUGGAGUGAGGCCUGGGUGUCGUGGGCCACAGGUCCACUUUGCUGACCACAGCCUGUCUGCCUGCAGCCCAAGAAGCCCAAGGGUCCCACGCGAUAGGAAAGUCUGGGUGUGUGUGUG